AUGUUUAUUCAUCAAUUUGAAUGUGACUUGAUAGGCAAAGCUUGUGAUGAACAACCGUUUGGUCAAUUAACUUUGUCUCAUAUAACUCUUAUCAGAAUGCUAGCUUUGAAUCAAGCAGAUGAUCAAGGCUUUGCUACUAGGAUCAAAGAGUUAACGUCCCAUGUCGAUAACUUUCUUGAUAACAGUGAAUGGGCCUCUUCAUUUACAGAAAUGUGUGACUUGAUAAUUUCAUCUGGUCAGAAUAACGAACCCCUGUUGGUCCACCAAUUAUUGGGCAUUUUAUUGGUUAAUUUCAUCGAUCAUACCAAUAAAUAUAAUGAAAAUAUCGGCUAUAGUUUCGACCCCGAGUUUAGUCUAAUUAACCAUUCUUGUGUGUCUAAUACGGUCAUGGUUCCGUUUAAUAACCAAACAUUUUGUUUAAUGGCUACCAGGCCAAUUGGUAAAGAGUCUCAAAUCUUUACCACUUAUAUUCAUCCCGGGAUCCCCCGAGUUCUCAGACAACAUGAAUUAAACUCAAGAUACUUCUUCAGAUGUGUGUGUUCUUCGUGUUCUCUGUCUUUUGAUUGGUUCUUCAGCUACAACUGUGUUCGUUGUAACCAUGUAAUAUACAACUUGGAUUUGCACACCUUUCAUCAAUUGACCAUAGAACAACUCUUCCAAAACAUGUCAAUGCAAUGCAGACAUUGUCAAAACACCAUUAGUCGGAAACUCUAUCAAAAAGUCUUUCAAGCUCAUCAAUUGCUCUUUUCCAUGAUGUUCAGCGAUGACGUUAUCCCUCCUAUAACCAAUUAUCCCACAACUAGUCUUGGAUACGAAUUAACUGACACCAUUGCUACCAAAGUAUCGAAUAUUAUCACUGUUCUCGAAACAAGUCCACAAGUAGUGCCACUUUUCUGCUAUCCGUUGAACAUUUAUGUGAACACUAUGGCCAGUUGGACCCAUGGUUCAAGAAACGAUAAUGGUGUUGAAUCUAUGAUGGAAUGGGCGAAAUGGGAGUUCAAAAGGGUUUUUUCAGUGAUAAUCCCAUCGGAUAUUAGUCAACUGAGAUUCUUAUGUAAUUUCCAUUACGUUGCUGUGGCAGAUUGUCUUGUCGAAUUGUUCUGUUUCAUGAUGGAAAACAGUCCAAAGGACACUUCCAUGGAUGAUGACUACGAUAUGGCUUUGAUUGUGUUCAAGUGUGCCAUUUUCUUUUAUCUCCAGGCUCUUGAAUCUUACACUAGAAGAAUUCUAGACAAUAAUAUCCGAGAAAUGGCCAGAGAUAUAAUUUCCAAAAUCAAUUUCAUGUUCAGAAUUGACACUGAAAAUUCCACGGCUAAUCUUCAACAGUUCCAAAGCUUAAACCCUUCGUCUUAUUGUCAGAACAUGUUUGUUAAGGAAGUGCAUUUGAUUUUGAAAUUGUUCCAAGUUCAAGUGCAGAUCCACAAGCACAAUCAACUUAAAAUGUGCUUUGCUGAUCGAGCCAGAUGUACAUUGUUUGAGUCGAUAGAUGAACUUCACUGCAAGAGCUUUUUUAGUUAA